UGUGUAUAUCUAUCAGUAACAAGAAAAACAAUUGUGUGUUUUUUCCACAAAUUUGGCAACGUUAUCUAAAAACCACAAAAUUUAAAGUAUUUUUAGCAAACAAUACAAUAGUCUGUAUAUAUGUGUUUUGGUUUAUUAAACUUUUAAGGAAAUAGAUGGAUCCCAGACGUUACGGUGGAGGCUUUAAUGACGAGGAUAUGGAGCAGUUUGCUAGCCACCAUGUUGUAGAUUACUUCAAUUUGCCAGUUGUGGGAGGUACAACCGCUCUUCGCAUGUGUCCCACACUGCAGUUGCAAGCGCAAGCACGAUUCGAGGAGCAGGUGUGUGCUUGUCAUGUAUGGCUUAGACAACAAAUGGAUAUUCCCGAUGCUGCAUUUAUACCCUUCGAACCAGACAAGGAUCGUCCAACUUCUUUCGUGCCAUUUAUGCUUUCAUACAAGUAUAAGAUGCAGCGAUCCCGCCGCGUGGAUUUUCAAAAACGACUGGAUGUCUUGGUAGACUAUAGCUUUUGGGAAAAUUUUCGGGAAUUGAACAAGAUGAUUAAGUACAAGACUUAUACCAACCAUUUUAUUACAUCAUCUGCCACAUUUGGCAUUUGCUACCUGUUUGGAAAGGCUCUUUCGAAGUUUUUCUAACGUUUCUCUAUCACGUUGUACUAAGAAAGGAAAGAACCUGUAAUUGUCAUCAUAAAAACUUCGUUAUUGCUUCACGAUGAUGAAAGUUUUGCAGUUUUUUUCCAUUUGCAUGAAAGGUUUAAGUGGUUAAUGCCAUAGAUGUCAGGUUGUAUGAAAAGUUACUGAAAAAUACUCGUAUAUGUGCUCAAUUGAAAAAUAACUAUUUCUGUAAGACUCAGAUAAACUAUAACUAAUAAAACUAUAUUUUGUUU